CCAUCUCAGAGAUCGAUCUUCAUCUGGUUCUCUCUUGCUGCCUAUCUCAGAGAUCGAUCUUCAUCUGGUUCUCUCUUGCUGCCUAUCAAGUCGUCAAACUAGACCAUCAGUGAUCUUCAUCUGUUUUCAAGAAAAAUGAUCUCUUUGCUUAUUUUGUUCUCUCUUAUCCAUAUACAAGGAGUCAACACAAUAGAGUUAUGGGAACUAUUCAUUGAGCAUUUGGAAAAAGAAGUGAAAAAUAGAAAAAAACUAUUUUCUAUUUUCAGUGAUUUGGAAAAACUCUAUAAGUGUCUAAAAUGUGGUUAUCAAGAAUCUUCCCCCAGUCAAAAAAGCCUGCUUAAUGCAUCUACUAAGCAAUUUGGGUUAGGUGUCUUUGAAGAAUUCAUUACAACAGGGUUAUUGAUAAACAAAUAUAGAAUCAAAAUUAAUGAAGAAAAAUACCAUCAAGAUGUGUGUGAUAUGAUUGUGAAAAUAUCGGAAAAUUUCAUAUCUUCUAGAAAUAGGAAUAAUACUGAUUCUGAUAGUCUUAGUGAUGGUGAAUGUGAUGCUGAUGUUGUGAUGAGUGAUGCAGAGUCAGAUUGUGAAUCAAUUUUUAAAAAAAAAAGAAUCAAAGAAAACAAAUGAACAAGCACUAAUUCAAUCUUUCAUGAUUAGGGAAGCAUCAAAACAGGAAAUACUAUCUUGCAAGAGUGAUAGUAUUAAUAAGGGGGGGUUUCUAGUUAAAGUAGAGAUAACAGAUGUCAAUGAUUUGAAAAAUGUUGAUGAAUCAUCUAGAUGGAGAAAAGUUAGCAGGAAAGUGGUAUUCGUUGCAAAAAAUAAAACUGAUGAAAAGUAUGUAAAAAAAAUGAUGCAUUGCAAAUAUUCUUGAAAGAAUUAUCAAAAGCAAAAAAUGUUGUUAAGGAAACUUGCAGAAUCAACUCUUUCAACAGCAAUGUGUCUAACUGAAUACAUUUUGCAAUUGGGAAUACAUUAUGCUUUAGAUACUUGAAAAUAGUUAGAAAAAAAAAUAUUUAGCAUACUACUUAACAGUUUCAAUAAUUAACCCUUAAUUCAUUUGAUAUUCUAUUUUCUAGAUGAGCAGCAAUUCUCCAAUAUUUAGAGGGGGCAGGAGAAAAAGAGGAAGAAUUAAAGUUACUGCUAAUGAUUUUACUGAAUUGGAGAGUGCUUUCAAUAAUACAUUAAAAACUUACUAUUACAAAAAUGAAAAAUACAAAGAUAUCUGUAAACUAUUGGCUGGUAUUAAAUUGAGAAUUGUGAUGUUAUUACUAUCUCUUCUGAAUCAUCAUCUAGCUCUAAAGAUCAAUAUUCUUGUAGAAUGUACUUAUAAGAAAAAAUCACUCCUUCAAGAAUUUGAUUAUCAAGAUCGUUCUUUUAAAACUGGGAACAUUACUAUUCUGAAGUCUUCAAAUUUGGAAAAUGUUUUGAAAAAUGUAACAAAAAAGAUUUGUAAUGAAGAAUCUAUAUAUCAAGGAUAUCAAUCUGGUUGGGCACUCUCAAAAAUUGAUGGUGUACUUAUCAGAGUAAGCAAAUAUAAACCUCUUAAAGGUAGAUCUUACAUUAAACUUCCUAAUAGAAUAGAAAAGAAACAUGCUAUAAUCAAUUGUAAGAAUAGUGAUAACAAAUGUUUCAUGUGGGCUAUUCUCUCUUAUUAUGUUAAGAUAAAACCUGAAAGAUUAUCUUAUCAUCAUAGAAAACUAGUAUCAAAAUUUGAUUUUAGAGGAAUAUCUUUCCCAACACCAAUUAAAGAUAUUAAAGUUUUUGAAAGAAACAAUCAGUUUGUAUCAAUUAAUGUUUAUUCUUUAGAUGAUAAAGAUGAAAUAUUUCCAUUGAGAAUAUGUGAUAAGGAAAGAAGAGACCACUUUGAUUUGUUGUUAUUACAAGAGAAUGGGGAAUAUCAUUAUUGUUUAAUUAAAAACUUAUCAAGACUUGUUUCCAAUCAAAUGAGGAAGGAUAGUAGAAAAUUAUUCAUUUGUAGAAGAUGUUUUUCAUACUUCGAUAAAAGAGGAGAGAAAAAAUUCAAAACUCAUCAAAGAUUAUGUCAGAAAAAAAAGUUACAAAAAUUGUAAUGCCAGAAAUAAAUCACAACAGUAAUACUGAACCUAUACUUAAAUUCAAGAAUUAUCAAAAUCAAUUCAAAGUUCCAAUGGUAGUGUAUGCUGAUUUCGAAUGUUUACUAAUACCCUACAUGUCCUGUACACCAUCAAAUUCUAAAAGUUACACUAUUAAAACUCACAAACAUCAACCAUUCAGUUUUUGUUGCUAUUUAGUUAUUGAUGAAGAUGUUCCUGAAAAGAUAAAAUCGAAACUUCCAUUGCAACCUUAUCUAUAUAGAGGGGAAAAUGUAGCAAACCAUUUCAUGAUAUACAUUAGAAAUUUGACAAAUAAGAUUGGAAAACUAUUACAAGAGAAUGUUAAGAUAAAUUUUACCAGUGUAGAUAGAGAAAAUUUCAAAAAAGAAAGAUUUUGUGAAAUGUGUAAUGUACAGUUUACUAUGAUGAAUAAAGCAGUACGUGAUCACUGUCAUAUGACUGGAAAAUACAGAGCAGCCUUAUGUAAUACUUGUAACCUGCUUCGACAAAAACAAAGAUAUAUUCCAAUCUAUCUACAUAAUGGAACAAAUUAUGAUAAUAAUUUUAUCAUACAUGAAUUAGGGGUAGAUAAUCACCUUAUCAAUAUUAUCCCCAAUUCAAGUGAAAAAUACAUUUCUUUCACCAAACAAACUAGGAGUGGGAUAUCAAUCAGAUUCAUUGAUACAUUGAAAUUUAUGAAUACUUCACUUGAUAAACUAGUGAAGAUCCUUCCAAAAGACAAAUUCCAUCAUAUAAGAAAGAAUUUCCCUCAAAUAAAUUUGGAUUUGGUCACCCGUAAAGGAGUUUUUCCAUAUGAAUAUCUAGAUGAUUUAGAAAAAAUGAAUGAAACAAAACUACCUUAUAUAUCUAAAUUCUAUGAUAGCUUGAAUAAAAAACAAAUUACCUUCCAAGAUUAUAUACAUGCUCAUAAAGUAUGGCAAUCAUUCAAAAUUCAAACAUUAGGAGAAUAUAGUGAUCUAUAUCUAAAAUUAGAUGUAAUUUUGUUAUGUGAUGUUUUUGAGAAUUUCCAUAAAGUUUGUUUAAACUCUUAUAAUUUAGAUUGUGCCCAUUACUAUACUCUUCCAGGAUUCAGUUUUGAUGCUAUGCUUUCUUAUACUAAAAUUGAAUUGGAACUUUUAACAGAUUAUGAAAUGUAUUUACUAUUUGAAGAAGGAAUACGUGGAGGAAUUUCAGUUUGCAUGAAGAGACAUGCGAUAGCAAAUAAUCCACUGAUACCAGAUCUUUAUGAUAAGUAUAGAGAUAGGUCAUAUUUGGUUUAUUUAGUUGCAAAUAAUUUAUAUGGUUAUGCUCUAUCAUGUCAAUUACAAUGUUCAAAUUUUAGAUGGUAGACUUCAAAAGAGAUUGACAAAUUCAAAAUAGAAAAUGUAACUAAUGAAUAAAACAUAGGAUAUAUCCUAGAAGUAGAUGUUGAAUAUCCAAAAGAAUUGCAUGAUGAUCAUAAUUGUCUUCCAUUUCUGCCAGAGAAUAAACCUCCACCAAAUUCUAAAGAAAAUAAAUUAUUACUUACUCUUGAGAACAAAGAAAACUAUGUUUGUCAUUAUUUGAAUUUGAAACAGGCAAUCAGUCAUGGACUAGUUUUAAAAAAAAUCCAUAGGAUAUUACAAUUCAAUCAAUCACAGUGAAUGAAAUCAUAUAUAGACUUUAACACUACCCAUAGACAAGAAGCAAAAAAUCAGUUUGAACAUGACUUCUAUAAAUUAUUAAAUAAUUCGGUCUUUGGAAAAUGUAUGGAAAAUUUGAGAAAAAGAAUAAACAUUUCAUUAGUAUCCUGUCCUAAGAAAAUGCAAAAAUUAAUAAAUAAUACCACAUUCAAAGAUAGGAUAAUUUAUUCUGAAAAUCUG